AUGAAGAGCAUUGCCCCCAGUUCUUCGGAGGCGACCAGUCGGUUGCAUUCUGAAGGUGACCCUGAGAAGAACACCAGUGCUUUCUCUGCUGCUUCGGCCGACCAAAGUCCUCUUUUGAUCUUCCACAUUGAUGCCGACAAUGCCGUUGUCCUUUCUACACGCUUCUCCCCGCAACGACAGGGAGUUUCGGCGAGAGAUGGUCAUGAAGUUCCGCCUACUGAAGACUGUUCUGCCAGAAACUAUGCUUCACAUCUUCUUGCCGAGUUUAUGUGGGGUACACUGGAUCCAGAAACAGGAAACUGGAUUCCAGUUAGCGAGACUCCAUCCUGUGAACCCCCCCUUGCCGAUGAUAGCCUCAUCACCUUCGGCCAUUUUCUCCGGACACGGCAUACCGCAUCGGACCCGGGGGAUCCCGGGGUUGGUGAAAACAUCCGCAAGGCCCUCCAGGCAUUCGGUCAGGUGGAAGCGAAGAAAAAGUUACAGCAGACAUACAGAAGCAAAAAGAAGCGAAGGGAACCUUCUAGCGAAGGCCGAGCCGAGACCGAUGGCCGGCAGGAGAGCAAAUUCGGGGCUGCGAGAACGGGCGAGGUCUUGAGCGAUGUUCACUCUCAGCUCAUGAAACGAAUGUCACUGCCGCUUACCGUGCGCCUUGGACUUGGAUGCGAGACUCUGAACGGAGGCGAAAUCUUAUCAACCCCUAAUAACUUUCCCAGUGGCAAAGCCUCCGAUGGCACUUGCUCGGCGCAUGUCUCUUCCUCUUCCAUUCCUUCUCCUGCUCCGAGAACCGUAGCUACGAGUCGAGACGAAAAUUCCUCCGUUGCUUCGGAGGUGCUCCCCUCAGCGUCGGGUUCGUCGGAGAGAGUGGACAGGGAGAAACCCGACAGUGGGGAAGACAGAGCUGCCUACUGGGAAAGGCUAAAACGCGGAUAUUGGUAUACAAUGCCGUACUUCUUUCACACCCUAUUUAGAUUGAUUAAGGAGAAAAUGAAUUUCAAGCUCGUUUUCUAUACGAGAGACCACGCAAACGGUGAACACAUUCGUGGCCUGGUACGCGAAAUCAAUGACUUAUGCGAAGGAAAGCAUCCUGCCUUUAACGGCGACAACAGAACGAAACAGUCUCUCCCUUGCCUCCGCCGCGGGAUCCCCGAUACCCCCCUGGCCGUCCCCCUUUUCUUCUGCGGGUUGUGCAUCGCGCUACUCUGA